GGCUGGUUCGCCGGGAGGAACCUGGCGGUGUCGCAGGUGACCACCAAGUACGUGCUGUGGGUGGACGACGACUUCAUCUUCACGCCCCGCACGCGGCUGGAGAAGCUGGUGGAUGUGCUGGAGAGAACCAGCCUGGACCUGGUGGGCGGCGCGGUGCGGGAGAUCACGGGCUACACCACCACGUACCGGCAGCGGCUGAGCGUGCGGGGGGGCGGCGCGGGGGGCGACUGCCUGCGGACCCGGCCCGGCUUCCACCACCGCCUCGCCGGCUUCCCGGCCUGCGUGGUCACCGACGGCGUGGUCAACUUCUUCCUGGCCCGCACCGACAAGGUGCGGCAGGUGGGCUUCGACCCCCGCCUGCGCCGCGUGGCUCAUCUCGAGUUCUUCAUCGACGGCCUGGGCGUGCUGCACGUGGGCUCCUGCGAGGACGUGGUUGUUGACCACGCGUCCAAGCUGGCGCUGCCGUGGCGGCGCUCCGAGGGCGAGCGCCAGUACAACCGGUACCGGUACCCGGCGGCCCGGGACGACAGCCUGCGCCUCAAGCAGCGCCUCUUCUUCUUCAAGAACCGCUUCAAGUGCAUGGCCGGCGACUAGCGGCGGCCACCAGCCCCCGGAGGUGACGCGGUGACCCCCGGGGUCGCUGAUGGCGGGACACCCCACGGACGAUGGGGCUGAGGAGCCCGGGUCACCUCCGAGGGUCACAGGCGCCCCUGCGGUGUCCCCCGGAGCCGCCGCGACCACGGAGCACCGGCCACGUCUGGGGCACCCCCGGGGUGACCACAGGGCCACCGACACCGGCGGGACCACACAGGGCCGCCCCCGGGGUGCCACUGCCAUGGGCCACCACCGGGUGCCACCACCUGGGGCCACCACCCGGUGCCACCACCCGGUGCCACCACCCGGGGCCACCACCCGGUGCCACCACCCGGUGCCACCACCCGGGGUCACCACCCGGUGCCACCACCCAGGGUCACCACCCGGUGCCACCACCCGGUGCCACCACCCGGUGCCACCACGGCCCCGCGGGGUCCCCGGAGCCCCCUCGCCCGCCCCCCCCCCGCGGUGUUUUUAGCUCUUUUGUACUUUGGGGCGGGGCGGUGGCGGGGUGUGUCCCGCCCCCCGAUCCCCGGCCAUCGGGGUCCCCGCUCCCGUUGCCCCCAGACUCGGUUUUCUAUCGUCCUGCCCCUCCCCCCCGCGCUGCCGCCAGGAAUUUUGUGCCAAGUCUCGGCCC